UCUUAGUCCGCAGAUUUCCAGUCAAUUUCAACCUGCUAAGCAGAAUAACUAACGUCUUAGCUUAGCGGGAUAACAGAUCAUGGCAAAUGCUGGCAAGUCUCAGUCCAAGGACCAUGACCGCUGCCGACAUGCUGACCGCUGCCGACAUGCUGACCGCUGCCGACAUGCUGACCGCCGCUGAUGCUGACAAGCCGACGACUGUUGUAUACGAAGGGGUUUGUGGCACUGUUUAUGACUCGACAAUCAGAGUAUUUAAGAUGCAGCAAAGGCGAGUUUAGGACUGGAUAACUCAGAAGUCGUGGUCAGAUACAAUAGAUAAGAUGGCAGAGGCUGGAUUGGAUAUUACGCCAUCGCGUCCCUUGAGCUUUUUGGAGCAGUACUUCGUCAACCGAUGCUUGUUGGACUUUUAUCGCAGUGUUGUGGUAUGGGUGCAGUAUGAACACGAAAUCACGAGUGAAUCACUCUACACUGCUCUCACGAAGUUAGUGCUCGACAAUUCAGCACUAUGCUGCAGGAUCUCAUUGUCUCCGGACAAGAAAUCACAGCGAGUCGCGAUGCUGAAAGAAAUCGAUCUUGCUGAUCUUGUCAGUUUCGAGGAAGGCGAUGAAAGCACUGAGUCGCUAGAGAGACUGCUGAUGCACAACCAUGACAAAAAAACCGAGUAUACCGACGACAGCAAGCCUCUCUGGAGACUCGUGGUUUAUAAUAUGCGUUACGUGCUUUUUGUCUUUGACCACUCCGUAUUUGACGGGAUGUCGGGGAGACUUUUCGUCAGCAAGCUAUCUGAGCUGUUGCAGAAUUCCUCAGUGCCGUCUGAUUCUACGGUUCCAUCUACGGUAGUUAGCGUUCCUGCAGAUAUGACCCCGCCUCCCCGGUUUGAGGAAUUGACAAAGAUGGAUCCACCACUAUUUUAUGUUUUGAAAGCUCUUUCAGCAGAGUUUGCCCCGAAAUGGCUAUUCCCGAAGAAAGACCCUCGCAAUGCAUCGGUAUACGCACCCAUGUUUCAUCCUGUCGCCGAUUAUAAAGUGAGGCUGCGGACGUUUUCGACCGAGGAGUCAGAGAAGCUGCUGGCGAUGACCAGGAAGCACAACACCACGAUCACGGCUUUAUUAGCAUCAACACUUUGCACAGCACUCAAUCAAACUAUUGAAGGCUCUCGCGAUCUAGAGGUCCGGAUACCCGUCAACGGACGACGGUUUAUAGAGAAAUCCACCGAUAUUCCGGACCCAAGCGGUUUGAUUGGACCUUACAUCGGCCAGUUCCGUUGCAUUGUUGAUCGCUCGACAGGAUUUUCUUGGGAAAGCGUGAAAAAGUUUGGAGACGACUUAAAGAACGGUACGACGAUCGAGACAAUAUAUGCGCCAGCGAUGGUCAAGUAUCUAGGUGGGAAGAUACAAGAGUGGCUGCUCAAAAAGGUGGGCACUGAGCGCGAUUCUGAUGUUGAAAUCUCAAAUAUUGGUGCAGCAUCAUUUCCCGACGGUGUAGUGGCGUGUGGAUUCUCGCAGCCACAUGGAUUUACUAAUCCUCCGGCAGAAAUAAACGCAGCAGCCGUGAAGGGAGGACGGUUGACAUUAACGUUUGUCUCUGCUGAUAGCGUUCUAGGGGAAGGAAAAAGCGAGUUGAUUUGGAGCAGGUUUCAGGAGAUGGUAGAGAGCAUCAUUGGAUUACAGGCGUGAUAAUCUACGCAUAAUAGAAUGCUUUAUGAUGUUUGCAUCAAAAGUUUUCUCAGAGAGUGUACAUUACUGAAAAGAAAUCUAAACACCUUCAACAAAGAGGGUGG